CUCAAUACCAAUUGGUCCAAGACUCCAGCAGCUCUGAGAGGUGUAAUCGUUGGCCAGACUAACAGCCUUGAUGGAUUGCAUUCCAGAAAAAGCACGCUUUAUAUCUGACCUGCAUGACACAUCUAGUUGGUUAACUUUCAGCAAGGAGAUGGGGAAGAAUGCCAUAGCCCUUUCCUACUGUUCAGACGGUUUUAACCCUUUCCAUCACAUCAUCAGCCAAGGGUCGUACAGCAUUUGGGCACAGUCUAGUCUGAUCCUGAAUCUACCACAUCAACUGAGGUCAAAGACUGGUACCACUCUUCUACUUGGAUUGAUUUCGGGACCACGUGCUCCUAAGAAGUUGAAUAAGUAUAAUGAGGUCAUCGUAAACGAGUUGGUUAAACUUAAAGAGGGAUUAGCAACCUACAAUGCAGACAGCAAACAACGAGAGGUUGUCGAAGUGGGACUUCUUUUCAUGGUUGGUAAUGUACCUGGCACGGCGAAAUAGCAGAAUAGAGUCCAGCAAAAUGCUAAAACAUCAUGCAGCCAUUGUACA